GCCCCCUGAUCCCCCACUGUGGGACCAAUAGAGACGCUGCACCUGUAUCCAGCGCGCCUCUCCGUUGGGAAAAAGUUGACAGCGCCAUGGCCGUGCUGGCUGCGCGCGUCUCAAGGGCAAAGCAAAUGAAAAAGCCAACAGACAGCCUCCCCAGCCCUGCGCGUGUCUGACCACGGACACUCUGCCAUGUACAAGGACCAGAUCCUGGCUGGAUUUCCAAAGGGGGUUAAAAAAAAAACAGGAAGAUGCGCCUGCGGGGGAAACGUCACGUUUUCAUUCGGAGCGACAGUGUGGUGAGACCGUGACCGAGCCUCGCAGCGGAAAUAUGCGGCACCAUCCCUCAGCGGAACGCGCCAGAGCGCAGGAUCUCUACGGCAUCAUCGAUCUGUAGCUGGAUGAUUUGGUCGCUUUUGGAUUUGUUUUUAUUGUUGUUGUUAAAUUUUUUAAAUGGAUUUUAUGAUCGCGCCACGUUUCAGCGGGAAUUUGUUUGAUCUCUCAGUCACGCCACGCUGUGCGCAACCCUCCCCAAUGCCGGCUUCAUGUGAUCAGCACCAGCAGACUGACGGUGGCAAAAUAAUAACAAAGGAAGCAUCCCCCUAAAGUUCUACCAGUUUCAAUAGAAAUCUCUGGAUUUGACGCUGCGCUGGAGGCUUUGCUGUCACCUCCAGGAAGGCACCUUCAGGCUGCUUUUGUGCUGAACUUGUCAACAUUUCCCCUGCUGACUUCUGCUCAUCGCUGAAAAGAUCUUUAGGCUCAAAUGCAACACAGUAAAGUUCAUCGUCCAACCAUGGAAAUACCACCAUGGGAGUCCUUCCAGGGAAGAGAGACUGGAGAAUGAAAGCAGCAUUUCUGCUUCUUUGAGCGGACACACUGCCUUCUCAUUUUUUGGACUGGUCCAAAAAAAAAAAAAAAAGGACUUUUUGCGUCCCCCUGGACUUCUGCACAAUGGGGAUUAUGCUUCAAGUUAUUCUUGGAAUGUUUCAAUUCCUGCUUCUCACCAGAAUCCCGACGUCUCAUGCAAAGCUUGCUCACUGGCGGCCUGCAGAUUCCCCCAAAUCCAGGGAAGGUCGUGAAGUUCGACGGUGGUUAGAGGUGUAUUCACGGAGCGGGUGCGAGCCCCGGGACACCCUGGUGGAGGUUUGGCGGGAGUUUCCAGAGGAGAUCCACCAUCUUUUUGUUCCAUCCUGUGUGUCUGUGAAACGAUGCGGUGGCUGCUGUACAGAUGAGGCCAUGGAGUGUGUGCCGGUGCUCACACACACAGUCACCAUGGAGCUCAUGAGAACGUCCUUCAUGAAACACGAGCUUGUGGAGCUGCCCUUCGUAGAGCACAGUCAGUGCGAGUGCAGAUUAAAGGAACACUUCCAGUCAACACCUUCUUCAAGGCCCUUUCAACAGCCAGCAAGACAAGCCAAGAAGAAAGAGGGCAGAAAGUCCAGACAGAGGAAACCCGGAGCAGUCAGAGCUGAAAGCCAUGCUGCCCUCCCCUCUCCCACCACGCCCUUUCCUACUUCUGCUCCAUCACCUCCUUCUACCAGCUUCUCUCCCACUCCUUCCCCGACGCCUCGAUGCCGUCCCUGCAGAGGAAGGAAGUGGGCGCUGGAUGCGGCGUCAUGCCAGUGCAGGUGCACCGUCAGAGCUGCGAGCUGUAGUCGGAAAGGGCAGAGACUCAAUCCCCGCCACUGCAAAUGUGAAGUCACAAAGACCUGAUUUGACCGCUCACCUCCUUAAUGCUCCACUCUCAUCACCCACUCUUACCAUUAUGUGCCACCAUGGACGCUUGUGUCAUCCAGUAUCUCAAACUGAAAGAAAUGUUUCUGGAAACACACAAUCAAAACUUAUUGCAUCAUUACAGCCAAAUGCACUCAACUAUGCCAUUGCCUUCCCAUAUCCUCGUUUCCAAGACAAAGCUGGUUUUCAGGAACACAUGAAUGGAGGAGUAACGUGACAUUUGGAUGGGCGAACUGCAUCUUCCACAGAUGUGUGAGCAGCAUCUGCUACAGGCCAAUAAAUCUGUUGUGCUUUUUCACAAACUUCCCUGAAACCAAACUGCACAAAACGACUGAUGCAGAGCGUUGCGGACGAACAGGCACCAGCCUCACACAGGAUCUUCUACCUGUUGAGGUUUCAGUGGAAGUUCCUUCCCAGGAUUAUGCCCUGCUCCAGGACGGUUUGGGGGUCCUCACAUAGACUGGCACCCCAGUGUUGUCGGACCUAUAGUUGAGCUCAGUGCCGGUUGGAGUGAGUCUGUGUGGUCUUCCUGCUGAAAGACGCAGAUGGUUAUCCCUGCACCCGUUCACUCUUAUUGAAAGCUUGAGCAUGAGCUGGCUCUCCAAGCCGCUUUCCGGCAUUUGUUUAAUUUGAGCCUUUUGUGUGCGUUUCUCCUCUGCUUCUGAAUUGAAAGGAGCCGCUUUGCCUCUCUUUGCCUCUCUUUUGGGCAGUGAGGAGAAUGACAAUAAUGAGGCCUGGCGACUCUCCACUGCUUCACACACAUAAACAUUCACACUCAUAAUACCAGGAACACAGACAACACUACAAAUGCAGUCUCUUACUCUGCUACAACACACACAAAUUAAUACACAUUCAUGCACUGUCAAAUGAAUGCAGGUAGCCAUAAGCUUUUUUUGUGUACAAAUGUUUGUCAGUUGUUUAUUUUCAAAUUUAACAUAAUGUCUGCUUUGAGUGUUGUAUAACAUUCCAUUGUUUUAUACUUUAUUAUAAUUCUAUUGAGUCAGUUGGGACGAUAUUGCAGAGUACAUAAUGUGUCUAUUUUAUUUGUGUUCAUCUUUAAUCCUUCUGCAUAACGAACCACAGUGGGUGGCCUGCUAAACCUAUACCUAAAUGUAUUGAAUUUAAACAGAGACAGCUCACAUAAGCCUCAAAUGGGAGAGUCUACACAUUACAAUGUGUAAUUCAAACAAUCAGUGGGGUGGCGUCGCGACCAGAACACAGAACCCAAGCAAAUAGCCAUCCCCAGAGCAGCUGAAGAAAAACAAGGCCAUUGUUGUUGCACCGUUAGCGCCUGCGCAAGAGAGAGUAGUAUUCAUCUGAGACAGAACUUGUUCAUAUUUUGAUUGAAUCUCACAGUUUUACUCCAUAAUACGAUUGCAUGGCUGCAGGUUGGGUGCCAGAAGGUAAACUAGAGAGACUUAACUGCUGAGUCACUCAUCAGUCAAUGUGUCCAUCUAAAAUCAGACAACCUUAAGUGACAGGUCAGGGGGUUUAAACCCAAUUUUUACACCCAUUCAGAGCCUGUCUGGUGUGCCAAAUUUGACCGAGAACAUUUUACCCAUGACGCCUUAGGGUUAGGAUUAGGGUUAGAGCCUGUGGUUCACGUCUGCGCUUCCCCCAGGGUUCACUGGAUCCUGCUGAUUGAAGAACAUUCACCCGAAAACCUCGGACACCCUCAGAGUGAAUUAUUUAUGUGCCAGCCUUGCAACAUCAAAGCUUUGUUUCAAUGGCUUUCAAGAUAAGCUUUUUAUUUAUACUCUCCCAACAUGAGAUUUUUUCUUUCAUGCGCAUUGUUCAGUGUUUAUUGGUGUCAAUCAAUGCUUCAAUCACUACCUCUUUAUCCUAACACAUGAAUGACCAAGUAUUAAAGCAUUAUUGUUACUUUAUUUGUGCCAGAUCAGAUCCUACGUUUGGCAAUAAGCACAGUCUCAGGUGUAGAGACUGAGUAUCGCUCAAUAAGAGGAGGUUCUCUGAAGAGAAGAACUUUUUUUAUGACUGGAGAGCUUAACUGGUCCUCCAAGUACAGACCGGACACUGUGUGGUUAUAUGUGGAAAGGGUUUUUCAAAGCCUUUAGACCUUCAUACUGGAAACAAGCUGAUCUUGGCUUUCCGAAAACUAACUUUGGAAUGUACGCUUUUGAAUUAUGUGAGAAGGCUGAUGCUACUCCUGCUUUUGCUAGGCUAAAUUUGGCCAAUUUCCGUAAAAAGGGAAAACAAUUAGUGAGUAUCUUGCUCUAUCAGAGGUACACCACAAAAGCUCUGCACUUACUGGUUUUUGGCCAGAUUGGCCUGACGAGCGUUCACCCUUUAAGCUCAAAAGGUAAUAUCUUUUGAAUUUUCUCCUGAGAAUCUCCGAUCAAUUGUGUGUAACAGCUCUGGAACCCCGAGGCCAGAGUGAUUAACCCCAGACUCUAUGGAGAAGAAAGUCCCGGGACCAUUUUGAAAUACCUACUUACCCUAAUCAGCACACCAGAGUGAGACCUUAACUCGUGCUUAAUCAGCCUAAAAAGCAACUAUAUAACAAUGAGUCAGUAAAUGCACCAGUCCAUUCUCAAAUUCACAAAAGCAACUCCCUCAGGUUUGAUGCAGCUCGACAAAGCUCUAGUGUUUGGGUCUUUUUCACACCAGCCUUCCACUUCAGCAAAUAUGUCGCUCUAAGCAACCUCCAAAAAAUGUCAACAAGCUGCGAGUUGGUAACACAUGGUCUGGUUGCAUGGACCGCCAACGUCGCAGGGGUCAAAGGUCUUGGUGAGAAGAUUAUCUGACUUUUUGACGCAGACCAGGAGUGUUUGGACAUAUUUCCAGUGGAUAUCCUUUAACAGUCCAUCCAAUGUAUGUAGCUUAACGACAUGUUUAAAGGAUGCAGAUGAUAAUCCACUGACACAUCAAAUUUGUGGCAGUAGAGGUUUUGAAAAAAGUGCUUCCCAAAAUGAUAAAACCUUAAACUUGAGGGUUUUAGCUUACAGCUUGUUUCCUGAAGAUGAACAGUUUUAGUGAUGGAGGCGAUGCUUUGGGAAACCCAAGAGUCCUCAGACCUCAGUACAGAUUGCACUUGUUUGUGAGACUACAAAGCACAUAUCGGAAAUGGAACGAUAGCAAAUACAGAUGUGUAUAAAGGAGAAAGCCUAUAUGAGCUCGACUCAUGCAGACAUUUAAAAAAAUGUAUAAAUACUGUACAUUCCACCUAGAAAAACUUGCCGUACUGAGAUAACUUUUGCCUUGAUGGACUAUAAAUUUUACAUCUUGUGACCAAAAUUUCUCAUCCACUAUAGAUUGUAAUAUGGUUAUGAAGCUAUAACAACUAUAUCUGCUAAGAUGCAUCGGUCCUCUCCAGCCAAUAUCUAUCACAACUCCUUCAGAUACAGUGUGUGGACAUGGUAAUAUCUAACACAAAUAUGCUAAUCUUGUGUGAGCAUCUAAAGUCAGAGUGGUUUGUGUUUUCACUGUUCCAGCUUCCAGUGUCUCAGUAACCUAUUGAUAUCCCUCACUGAGCUAUGUAACAUCUUCCAAUUUAUGAUACCCAUCUAGUGUAUGACUUAGAGCAUACUUUAGAAAUGUACUUGUUACUUUAUUUUAGCUGUCCUCGCCACGAAUCUCCUCUUUGCAAAUUGUACUACUGUAGCCUAUAAGUAGAGGGAAAUUGACACAAUUCUUUUUUGUUUUUGCUGCUACACCAUUUGUGCCCUCAAUGAUGUCUCUGUAGAAAACAAUGCGGGUUUAUGUUGUAUUAGCCAAUAAUAAAUGUCCACAUUAAAUUGUACUCUGCAUCCUCACAUAUAUUCAAAAUUGUACCAGAAUAUGACAGCAAUGUAACAAAAAUUAUUAAAGGAAAUGUCCUAUUUUUCAUAUAAA